UAAAACAGGGUGCAAGAAAUUAUACACCAAAUAUAUAUUCUUUGUCAAUAUUAAGUAAUGUUAUUGUUUUUAGUUGAUAUUCAGUUACUUCUCUGAUAUAUUCCGCGUGUUCAAGAACAUCAGAGAAGUGGUUUUAAUUCGAUUUAGAGUAGCGUUUUUAUAUUUACAUCUCGCAGGUGUUUCAAUAGUCAGUGUAAAACAAUAACUCAAGCAUUCUAAGAAAACUUGUCAGAAGGUUUUACCUUUGCACUGAAGUGGAUAACAUGAUGGACAAUAACAUGCUGCUUAGCUUAUCCUGUUUAAUUUUGUUUGCUGCCACGGUCACCUGUUAUCCUCCAAUGGAAGAUCCAAACCUAUUUGAAGGUGAUAUGAUUCUCAGUCCGGACCAAUUAGAAAGAAUCCAGAAAGGAGAAUUUAACAGAGAUCUCCUAUUAGCUGCAACUCGACAUCCAUGGCCCAAACUGAUUCCCUACGACUUGUAUGGACUAAAAACUAUUCCUAAAGCAAGAAAAGUUAUCGAAGAUGCUUUCAGAGAAUAUCAUAAAUACACUUGCUUACGAUUUAUUCCAAGAACAAACGAAUUUGCUUAUUUACAGUUUCUUAACGGACAGGGCGGCUCGUCCAUGGUUGGUUACAAAAGAGGUAGAAAAAACACAAUUUCAUUGGUACCUACCUGUUGGACAAAAGGGAUAGCCAUUCAUGAAAUCAUGCAUUCCUUAGGUUUUCAUCACGAACAAAGCCGACCAGACCGAGACAAAUAUAUCAGGGUGGUUGAUGACAAUGUCCUCAGCUGUAAGUAAAAUUAAAAAGAAACAUCGUACACCGACGAGUUCUUUUAUUGUUGUCGCCAAAUAUGCUCAAAUUUUUCUGAAAGACUGAACUAUUUGUAAAACCUCCCCUCCCCCGCGAUUCUUAUCAGUUACAUUUGAAGAUAGGAUAGUAAAGCACCUCCCCAGCCCUCUUUACAAACUGUGUUAUCUACUCC